UGCCAGCCGCAUAUUUGCUUUCCCGCGGACGAAGGAUCGGAAAAACAACCAGAUAGCACGCGAAAUGUCUAGUUAACUUAAUGGCACUGUCUUCUUUUGUGCUUGCAGAAUGUGUCAAGAUGACAUCUAUCUCCUCUUUAUGUGGCAUCAUCGUUAUCCUGUUCUACAGUCCGAUCGCGUAUACAUGCGAGAACGACAAGAUACAGGAGUCGGGUAUGUCCUUUACUCGACACCCGCAACCUCUGGCCGCUCCGUUGAAUGACGACGUGAACUUCGAGUGCAGUCUCAAUAUCCCUGCGGAUCGUUUCGCUUGGCACCACAGGCCUCUAGGCUCAAGCAAAUGGACCCCGGUGCCCAACCCCAACGUCGGUGGCAAAACGUCCCGGCACGUUGUCACCUUCGAUAACGAGUCGAAGGCCGGAGACUACCGUUGCAUCGCAUUUUUCGGUAUCAGUGGUUUAGCAUCGGAUCCAGCGAGAUUGACGCUCGCGACGAUACAGAACUUCUCUGAUAAGAAUGAUGUCUUCAUUGCGGUGGCGGAGGGUAACACCGUGCCCAUCACAUGUCCCGUACCGUAUUCCGAACCGGAAGCCAUAGUGCAGUUCUACAAGAACGACGUGCUUAUCAAGGAUGCGGAUUUGGUGAAUGGCAGAACCAUGGUCAUCAAGAACGUCAGAACGACGGACAGUGGAUCGUACCACUGUAGCGUUAACAAUUACAUAACGGUGGUAACAUUUAUGAGCAACUAUAAGACCAUCUUGACUGUACACGGGAACUUGACUUUCCAACCACCGUAUCUCACCAAACAGCCGCAAACGGAAUACAUUGUUCCGCGUGGCAAGAAUGUCACGUUAGAGUGUUUCGGCGCUGGUUAUCCUGUGCCGCGCGUCACUUGGAGUCGCCUAGGCGGCUCUCUACCGUCAAAGUCGGUGAAAUCACCCAUCGGUUUGACGUUGGUCCACGUGCAAUCAUCCGAUCGCGGGGAAUAUGAUUGCGUAUGGAGGAACGAUGUCCGACAGAUCAAAUCGGCGAUUAUCUUGAGGGUGGUGGAACCGCCGAGAGUCACGAGACAGCCGAGCGCGUGUAAGUUCCACGAGGGCGGAAAAUUGCAGCUCUCGUGUAACGUAACGGGCGAGCCGGAACCAAACGUCGAAUGGCUUAUCAACGGAGAGUCUCUGAUGCCUAGCAAGACACAGGAAAUGAGAGGCUCCACUCUUAUCAUAUCCGAGGUCGAGAAGAAGCACGCCGGGAUCGUUCAAUGCGUUGCCAGCAACGAGUACGGAUCGCAUUCGGGAUACAACCAGUUGCAGGUUCAACCGACGGAGCAUAUUGUCGGCGGCAAGGCUGAAUCGAAGCCGGACGGCACUAUGUCGAGGCAUAAGCAUACCAGGAUCGGUGGUAGACGCAAGAAUAAAGAAGGAAAGAAGAAGGGAGGCGCAGCAGCAGUGAUUUUGGUACCUCCGGAUCGGCCCAACGUCACAAGAUUGUCCGACAUCUCCGUCAUGGUGCGAUGGUCGGUGCCGGAGAACAAAGGUUUACCGAUACAAUUUUUCAAGGUCCAGUAUCGAGAGAUCGGCCCGAAGACGAUUGGUAAACAGGCGAAGUGGAUGACGGCUAACUCGGAGAUACCGACUCAUGUGCGAUCCUUCGAAGUGACCGACUUGCAGCCCGAUCAUACCUAUCGAUUCAGGAUUGCCGCGGUGUACUCGAAUAACGAUAACAAGCUGAGCCGGAAUUCCAUGCGUUUUCAUCUCAACAGGGAUACCGGUAUUGAGAGCAAUAGGAUGCCGAUACCCUUGUUGACCAACACUGAGGCGUUGGGACCACAUGAGGUGUUGUUGGUUUGGCAGAAUCCCGACAGGUCGGCGAAAAUCGACGGAUUUUACAUUUAUCAUCGGGCCUCCACCUCAGCUGGCGAAUAUCUGAAGACCACCGUCGAGGGAAAGAAUGCCUUUAACAUGACCAUUUCUCACUUACAACCCGACACCACAUACGAAUUCAAAGUCCAAAGCUUCUCCGUAGACGCGGCGUCGGAAUUUUCCCAAAUAUUGCGGCAGAAAACUAAAAAGCCCGUCGUCGAGCAUCCGGUUCAGCAAGUGGUGGCGGAAAAUAAAUUAAGACCGAGCGAGAGUAACAAGAAUGUCAGUAUACACGUCAUAAUCGGUGGGGUAUUUGGAGCAUCGCUCAUUCUGAUUGCUCUCGCCUUUGCAGCGAGAUUUCUAUACAAAAGAGCGAAGUAUAAGCAAAGUCAGGAGUCGCAAAGCGAAGGUAAACCGAUAACGAACGGACGAGUAAUGAACGGUGGAGUCACAGACUCCAAGAUUAACAUUACGUCCAAUCCGCUUGCCGGCCUCGACACGUCCGAAGAUAUAAUGCAGCCUAAGAGCGGGCAACAGUCAUCGAUGGAAAUGACGUCGUUUCUAAACGGCCAAAACAACAAUGGCAGCAACAACGGCCAUAACAACGGCGACGCAGCCGGGUCUGACGUGAACGUCACGUCACAUAACGAGCCGUCGUCUCUGCGCCAAGGGCCGCUGCCUAUCGAACAACGUUUGUGAGAAUGAUUGCAGCUAUAUCUCUAUUUUAUAGACGGUAAGAAUGCGACCUGACCCGCAUCCUCGAGGACGGAAUUUUACACCGUUGAUCGAACGUACGAACCUAUUAACGAACUUUAUUUCGCGGGAAGAAACGUAAGGACUUGUCGACACGUUAUCUCAACGAGAAACUUAACUUAUAGACUGUAUUUAACGUAUUCAGCUAUUAUCGCAACUAUGAGACUGUUGCAAGACAUUUACAGGGUGUCUUAAGUAGAUAUGCUCAAACGUAUCGUUACUGUAGAUUGGGAUUAAUUUCGCGCAACUUGCGCGGGGAAAAGAUAUGCGACGUCGCAGAUUUCCUGGCAAAUACAACGCACCUUUUACAUUCAGUAUAAUCGAGUAUAGUAUUGUGAAAAGAGAUAUUUCUUUCCACGUCUUCCGUUUGUCACAGACAGUAUUUCACGACAGCCGAAAUAGUCCCAUUUUACAGUACAUAAUUAGAAAGUAAAAAACGAUCUGAUUGCAUCCUAUGACAUAUUUUUUGUCUUUCCCUUUCUCUUUAUAAGGAAACGUUAUUAAGACCCUUGUUCCGUUAAGUAGAUGUGAAAUUUAAUUGAUGUACCUGUGAAAUAACUGACUUAACUGUUACAUAUCUACUUAACGGUCGUAAACUAGUGAGCACUGAACAACGUUGUUUAGUAAUUUUUUUAAUCUCUUUUCGCGCGUUGUACACACUUUUACAUCACUUUCAUACAUAGGCUGCUUUUUAAGAGUUUUGUAAUAAAAGCUUAUGUAUCUAAAGUACAUAACGUAAGGAUACACGAUACGUAUAGUUACAUUAACUAUUCGCCAAUGUUGAAAAGAAGGUAGUGUCAUUUUACGAUAGAGAGUUAUUAGUAAUAUUCUUUUUUUAUUAAAUAAUGAAGACAUAAUGGUUGAGUCAUAUAUUGUUAACAUUUUCUUGGUGUGUAUGCCUGUUAUUUUUAUAAAUGUUUUCCUAGCUGCGGACAGAGUGGUUGAAUAACUUUCUAAUGUCAUCCAUGACCAAUGCAAUACAACACGUCACGAUAUCUCUGACGGUGAUUUGUUGUCAAAAUUAUAUACAUAUAUGUAGAACGUUGUUUAUAUUGCGAGCGGGAAAAAAAAGGAGAUUGUGAUAAAAUUUAUAUUUUGAUAAUUGGUAUUUUGCGUAUAACGGCAAAAGACGAAAAUUGUAAAUACGAGUGUACAAAACUUUUCUAAUAAAUUAUUUAGAAUGUUUGGCUAAUGGAAAGUACUGCAAUUCGCAAUUCUGUAAGUUGGCAGCGAAGCUAGUGAAAAUAUCCAUUGUACAUACUAGGAUAGCAUUCAAGCGACACGAAUGAGUACAUGUGCCUUACAUCUUGCCUGAAGAUAAUGAUGAACUAAAAAUAACUGAUUAUUUAUAUACUUCUGUACAUGUAUACCACCAUUUUGUGUACUUAAUUUUUAUAAAAUAAAUUAUAUUCAAAAAGGAAUGGAAAAAUGUGAAACACGCGCGUGCCUGUAUGAAGUGAAAGCUUUAUAAAACAUUCCUUUUUUUAUUCAGCGUGACUGUACAAUAUAAUGUGCUUUAAAUAUAACGAUUGUGUGAUUAAA